AUGGUAAAACUUGCAAACCCUCUGUACACGGAGUGGAUUCUUGAAGCAAUACAGAAAAUCAAAAGGCAAAAGCAGAGGCCUUCAGAGGAGAGAAUUUGUCAUGCGGUGGCCACAUCGCAUGGACUGGACAAGAAGACCGUCCUUGAGCAGUUGGAAUUAAGUGUUCAUGAUGGCUCUAUUCUUAAGGUUACAAAUAAGGGGAGUGCCUCUUACAAGGACCCAGGAAAUCCCGGGAGAGUUGGAUCAAUCCCGCCUGCAAAUGUGUCUGUGCCAUCAAAGGAAUCAUUAUGGAAUUCAAGCGAUCUGCGCCAUAUUGAUUGGAAUAAAAUACUUAAGAGGGCCAUUGAGGGCCUGGAUGAUACCCAUGGCUCCUCACUGAAGAACAUCGAGAGGUAUCUGAGGAACCAGGAUGACCUCUUAAACAUUGUUGAUAACCCUGCUUUCCGGCAGAGGUUACGACUGGCGGCCAAGCGAUCAGUUAACAACGGCAGGUUGUUAAAAAAUGGCCCGCGGUAUAAGCUUAGCCAUGGCAGUGUGGAGGGAAGGGGCUCCAGGUGUCCAAGUGCUUCCCCCUUGGUCCUGUCAUCAGUGACACUCCUCCCCCAUGAGCGAGACCAGCUCCGGGUUGACCCCAUCCCAAUAUGCAGUUUCUGUCUUGGAACGAAAGAGUCAAAUCGGGACAAGCGGCCAGAAGAGCUGCUGUCCUGUGCAGACUGUGGGAGCAGUGGGCAUCCAUCAUGUCUGAAGUUUUCCCCUGAAUUAACCUCAAAUGUGAAGAGAUUACGAUGGCAGUGUAUUGAAUGCAAAACCUGCAGCUCCUGUCGAAUACAGGGGAAAAAUGCUGAUGAGAUGCUGUUCUGCGAUUCAUGUGAUCGGGGCUUUCACAUGGAGUGCUGCGACCCACCGCUUUCAAGUAUGCCAAAAGGUACCUGGAUCUGCCAAGUCUGCAGGCCGAAGGAGAAUGGGAAGAAACUGCUGCACAAGAAAGCCGAUCAGAUCAAACGUCGAUAUGCAAAGCCAAUCGGAAGGCCCAGAAAUAAGCUCAAACAAAGAAUGUCUGUAACCAGUGGUGACGGCUCCAUGGUAGCACUUGGAGGAAGGGGGUCACCUGGUAGGGGUCAAAAGAUUACCGUCUGUUCUACACCUUCAUCUGGUCAUGCUGCAUCUGUGAAGGACGCCCGAGACAGAUUGGCUGUUGCAGACCCCUGUUGUGUGGUCGACGCCACCCAAUUCACCACUUCCACCCCCACCACCACUCCCCCCCUCACGCCCACCUCCACCCCAGCUACACUCACCGUUAACAAGAAAACCAAAGGGCUUAUUGAUGGGCUUUCCAAAUUCUUUACCCCUUCCCCCGUGGGCCGUCGCUCGCGAGCUGUAGCCGUAGAGUCGCCCGCCACACAGUUAAGCUCUAGAGACAAGGGUCUGCCCAAACUGUCCAAUCAACCAGAGCCGUUUGCCUUUGCUGCUGACGCCACUCAAAAGAUAACCCCCUCUUCCUCUGCACUUCCUCCUGCUCCCACGUUGCCGGGACUUAGUCCCCCCUCUCAGGUGUCCAGCAGCUCCACCUCUGCUAACUCGCCACAGAGCUCCUCCAGCCAGUCUAGUGUUCCUUCCCUGAGUAGUCUCUGCAAUAGCAGCCAACUUAAGGGACUAUUUGACGGACUCUCUCACAUUUAUACUACUCAGGGACAGUCGCGGAAAAAGAGACUACCUUGCUACGCGCCGCCUAAGCGCUUGCAUCAUAAGCAGGAUUCACCCCAUGCGUCCAAAACGGGGCCUCAGCGCCUUGGAAAGAACGAGUUUAAUAAAAAUAGGUUACACUCCACAUCUGCUGGGCCAGGCCGACCCAGAGGACACCCAUUUAAGAUGGUCAGUCAUUUCAAACGUAACCCUUUCCUUAAAAAGCACAGGACACUAGGCAGGCUGAGGUAUAAAGUAAGCCCUCAGAAGGGAGCCCCAUCACCAGGAAAGGGAGACUUGACAGAUGGAAGAAUUAAACCUGAGAAUAAUCAUGGCCAUAACGGGGAGCUGCGUGUGAAGCAGGAGGCCCAAGCCGACUUUGCAGCCAUGUCCAGAGACCACAUCACAGAGGAGGACAUUGAGACGUUCACUCAUGUACAGGAACUUGCCGUGCAGAGAACUGGAUCUCUGAUGAACACAGACUCUGUGCGAUGCCCUGCCCUCAUUGAAUUUGGGAAGUAUGAGAUUCAAACCUGGUACUCGUCACCUUACCCUCCUGAAUAUUCAAGAUUACAAAAGCUUUAUCUGUGCGAGUUCUGUCUGAAGUACAUGAGGAGCAAAAACAUUCUCCAGAGACACACAAAGAAGUGUGGCUGGUUUCACCCACCAGCCAAUGAAAUCUACAGAAAGAACGACCUUUCAGUAUUUGAGGUUGAUGGAAAUGUCAGCAAACUAUUCUGCCAAAACCUCUGCCUGUUAGCCAAGCUUUUCCUGGAUCACAAGACCUUGUAUUAUGAUGUGGAGCCUUUCCUCUUCUACAUACUUACAAAGAAUGAUGAGAAAGGCUGUCAUCUUGUGGGCUAUUUCUCCAAGGAAAAGCUUUGCCAGCAGAAGUACAAUGUCUCCUGCAUAAUGAUUAUGCCUCAGUACCAAAGGCAAGGAUUUGGAAGGUUCCUUAUUGAUUUCAGUUACCUUCUCACCAGGCAAGAAGGACAAGCUGGCUCCCCGGAGAAGCCGCUGUCAGAUCUGGGUCGCUUAUCCUACCUGGCAUAUUGGAAAAGUGUCAUACUGGAGUACCUUUAUAAGCACCCAGAUAAACACAUCAGUGUUAAAGGAAUAAGCAAGGCCACUGGGAUGUGUCCACAUGACAUCGCCGCUACUUUCCAGCAGCUCGGCAUGAUUGACAGACAGGAUGGCAGGAUUGUGUUGAUCAGAAGAGAGCGAUUGAUUCAGAGGCACAUGGAGAGCCUGAGGGCUAACCCACGUCAGAAUGAGGUGGAUCCUGACGCCCUGCGCUGGACACCUUCCACGACUCUCAAUGCUGUCCUGUCUGAGGAGGAGAGGGAGGCAGAGAUGGAUGCUGAGCGGCUCAAGGAGCAGGCCAGUUGCUGGGAGAAGGAGGAGAGAGAGGGCUACAUGAUGACUCACGGUAGCAGGCAACCUCUCACAAAGGUCCACUGUAAGGUUCCCUACCGGACCUACGAACGCCGCCCUGCACUGUCCUGGACCAGGCGCAUCCAGCAGUCGGAGGAAGUGAGUGAUGACGAAGUUGAUGACGACGAUGAUGACUCUGAUGGCUCACCACCCAUCCUAACAAAAGCCCACGCAAUGCUUGCAGCCAAGAGAAAGAGAACCAUUGUGCUCAAGAAGAGAGGGCGUAAAAGAAAGAGAAUAAACAGCAGUGUAACAACAGAAACCAUCUCUGAGACGACAGAAGUACUGAACGAGCCAUUCGACAACUCCGAGGAUGAGCGUCCUAUGCCCCUGCUGGAGCGCACCUGCAGAGUGGGCGAGAUGGAGGAAGAUGAGGAGGACGAACAGGAAGACAAGACACCAAUUACACCAAUGAAACGCCGGAGAGGUCGCCCGAGACUGGAGAAAAAUGCACACAAAGACAAUCUUGAACACUGGAAAGAAGGAGCUGACAUUCUCUCUAAGAGACCCACCAGACCCCGUCCAGUGAAACGGAAGAAAGGCUGGCCGAAAGGAGUGAAACGUGGCCCUCCUAAAUGGAGGGUUAAGAAUGAACGAAAGAUGGGCUUCAAGCUCAACCUCUACACACCCCCUGAAACCCCAAUGGAGGCUGAGCAGCACCAUAUUCACACUGAGGAAGCAAAAGAGGAACCAGACCAGGAUAUUGUCUGCGACGAGGGCAGCAAAGCAGGCAAGUGCUCGGCUAGUCCAGAUACAACGCUAGAGAGGCUCCUCUCUGAGCCCCCAAGUUCUGUUGACCGUGGCUCCCAGAAGUCGAGCUCCCCUGAAGGAUCGCCAGUGGUUUCUCCGGUGUGCUCACCUGCCGCCAUGUCCCCCAGGCCCGAGGACAGAGCUGAUUCCCCAGAACCACCUGAAGACGACCAGCAAGAGAGUGAACACGGGCAAGACUCCCCAGCCAAAGAUGUGGAACACAGCACAGUGGGUGUUGAAUCACUGGAGAAUGACAAUGCAGAGGAUGAUGAGGAGGACGAGCAGAGAACUCAAAUAGAGGAUCAGGAUGCAGAUGAUGAAGAUGACACUCACAGCAAGGCAGUAGAACCUGAGAGCAACCAAGCAGAGUUGGAACAGAGUUCAAAAGAAAUACCUGAAUGCACCCCACCUUUUUUAGAUCCAAAAGAAGACAAUGACUCUGAGUUGAGUCAGCAGGUUUCUACAGUACCGUGUGGUGAAGAUCAACCAGCUACCGCUGCAGAAAGUAUCCAAGAAGCAGUGACAGAAACGACAGUAGCAACACCACCACCUGAAGCAGUAGCAGUCACUUCAGUAGCAGCUGUAGACUCUGAUAAUCCUGUAGACUCUGAGUCAGAGGAAGAGAGCACGUCUAGUCCUUGUCCCGAUCACCCACCUCCUCAGCCUGCAGAGAGGCCAACACUCAGUCCUGUGCUGAGGGAGGAUCCCCCAAUCUGCACAGAGAUUGACUCAGAGACAGCCCAAGCUGUUCAGUCCCUGACGCAAGAGACUGAGAGAGAGAAUGUUUUCCAGGACUGUGUGGAGAGCCAGGAACCCUGCAGGACUCUGCAGACCUACACCCACGUGGCCCAGAGCCCCCAGCUCACCUCGCUGGAUGACUGCCCCCAGUCAGACCAUAGCAGUCCCCUUUCCUCUGCGCAAUCCCAUCCCAGCCAGUCUGUACGGUCUGUUAAUAGCCCGGCUGUCUCCAUCCUGGAGAGUGGCUACACUCAGAUCAGCCCUGACCACAGUGCCAUCUCAGUGCCCUCGCUCCACAACAUGGAGACGAGCCCGAUGAUGGAUGUGCCGUCGGUGUCAGAUCACUCACAGCAGGUUGUGGACAGCGGCUUCAGCGAUCUGGGCAGCAUCGAGAGCACCACUGAGAACUACGAGAACCCCAGCAGCUACGACUCCACCAUGGGGGGCAGCAUCUGUGGGGCAGGCCCCUCCCAGAACAGCUGCUCCUAUGGCAGCAUCCCCCCCAGUGGCCUGGCCCAGAGCAGCUGUGCCGUGAGCCAGCAAAUGGCUGCUGUCAACCCCGGCAGCUGCGGGAUGAUUCAGCAAAACAGCCUGAGCUCACCACCACACUGCAACGUCAAGUCGCCACAGGGCUGCGUGGUGGUGGAGAGGCCUCCCAGCAACAGCCAGCACAGUCAACACAGCCAGCGCAGCCAACACAGUCAACACAACUCCCACAGCAGGCAUGGCCCUCACAAUCAGCACAGUCAACACAAUCAGCAAGGUCCACACAAUCAGCUAAGCCAGCACAGUCAACACAAUCCCCACAACCAGCAUACUCACCACCACAACCAUCACCUGCAGCACAAUCACCUCAGUCAGCACAAUCAGCAUGCUCAGCAUGGCCUUCACAAUCAACACAGUCAGCACAGCCAGCAGCAGUCCAUGGCACAGUGCGCCAUACCCACCAACUUCACCACCACCAUGCAGCUGGCAGACAUUCCUGAAUCAGGCAAUCCAAAUUUCGCUCUUUAUGAGAGGAUCAACCACCAGGGGGAGUAUGGCAGUGGGCACUACUCUCAGUCGUCUGGCCUCAGUCUGGCCAAGCUGCAGCAGUUCACCAACACGUUCAUAGACCACCCUCACUCGCUGCCUUUCAACCACUCAGCCUCACACCCCAUCACAUCUUAUGCAAACACCCCUUCGCUGUCAUCUCAGCACUCCAGCCUGGUCUCCUUGUCCCAGACCCCGCAUCGAGUCCCCAACCCACAGGUGCAGGCCACCAUGACCCCGCCCCCGAAUCUCAGCUCCCCGCCGCCCAUGAUGCUACAGCGCAACAUGGGCAUCCCGCCUUCACAGCGGAUCCAACCCCAAAUGGCCUCCAAGAGUCACAUCUCUGCAAGGUCCAAGUCUGCCCCGCUGUCCCACCACCAGCAGCAGAUGUACGCCCGGCCGCCACAGACUGUGGCCAUGCAGGCACCAUCCAGGACGCUGGCCACCAUGCCGCGCAUGAACAUGAGCAUGAACAUCAUGCCGGCACCAGCCUACAAUGUCAACUCCAUGAACAUGCCCUCCCUCAACGCCAUGAAUGGCUACAGCAUGAGCCAGCCCAUGAUGAACAGUGGCUACCAUGGCAACCAUGCCUAUAUGAACCAGUCACCCCAGUACUCUAUGCAGAUGGGCAUGAUGGGAACACAGCCAUACCCCCAGCAGCCCAUGCAGGCUCCACCACAUGGCAACAUGGUGUACACUCCAGCUGGUCACCAUGGUUACAUGAACACAGGCAUGUCCAAGCAGUCCCUGAAAGGGCCUUUCAUCAGGCGGUAACUCUCCACAGGACUAAGCUGUCCCUUCUCGCGUGCAUUUUGCUGUUUAAAGAUGCACUGAUCUGGCCUUUUGUUUUCAUUUUUUUGGGUGUCUUUUUGUUAUUGUUUAUUACUUAAAAACCAGCAGCAGCACUUGGAAAGAAUGCAAAAAUGUUCAUCAGUGAGUAAACUUUGAAGCUAAUGUUAAGAAGUAUUUUUGUUUCUCCAGAUGGGAAGCCUUACAUCAUUACGAUGAAAAUCUAUUUAAUUAGUGUUCGUGUCUCUGAUGUGUCUUUAGAGCAGGCGGGUUCAGAGCUCAGCGUUCAGAGCUCAGCGUUCAGAGCUCAGCGGUAGAGAUUUCAUCAGUGGUCUUGCAGUCGUGUAGCAGCCUCAAAUGAAGCCAUUUAAUGUGCCUGCUACAAGUGGAGUUAGUGGCUGUUUGAACCUGUUCAGUGUACCUGUCUAACAGUGCUGACAAUUAGUUUGUACUAUACUCAUGCCUUUGUAUAUUUAAAUUAUUGUACCUAUUUUGUAAAGUGACAACUAGCAUGCUUCAGUCUCUGUUAGUGACAGUGCAUUGAGUAGUACUGUACAAGUGUUGUGCUUAAUAGCAAGCCAUUUUAAAGAUAUCUGGCCUUUUAUUAGGUUUCCCUCCACGGGGACAAAGAUGAAACUAUAUUUUGUUAAUUCUAAUAAUGUAAAAAAAAUGUAAACUUAGUCCUGUUUUCUGUUCGGUUUAAGAGGUUUUAUUGCUAUGUAUGUAUAAUUCUGAAGUCUUUUGUAACAGAUCUCCUUGAGGCAGCUUUCUGUUUAAUAAAGCAGACUGAUUUCUGUCAAAAUAACAAAGCAUAUCUCAGUGUUUGUACCCUGAAAAUUCUAAAACAUUUCAAAAUGUCCAGAAGUGUGGCAGAAUUUAAAAAUAACUAAAUGAUUAUAACGAAUAACAAUAAAGAAAAUAUAAAUUUAGUCCAAAGUUGAUAUUUUACAUAAUGCCUUUAAAGCUACCUUUUCAUUCCAUCUGUAGAUUUGUUUUCUAUCUUUAUAAAAUGUUGGAUUUAUAUUUUACCGAAGUGUAGAAGAAUAGAGCCUGUGAAUAGACCAAACUAAGCUAAUGGAUUGCAUGUAAAACGCAACUUGUACUUGUGUUUUUGUUUAUAUUGCUCUUUUGUAGCCUUUGUACCUGUACAGAGUUGCUGGUAAGAACAGGGGGAAAAUACCUGGCUAUGUGCACAAAAAUCGGACAGAAUGACAUUCUUGUAUUUAUGACUUUUCUCCUUUUGUCAGUCACUUAAAAUGCUGUACAUUUUAGCAUAAGAAUAAAUUAUAAUGACCAUGUA